CGAGAAACCUCAACAACACACAGAAAAACACACCACCAUGGCCGAAUCUGAGAUAAAAGAUGCCGUUGCAAAGGACCUAUCCAGCACGCCCUUCGCCUGCUCCUCCCUUACCCAAUUGAGCGGCGGAACGGCCAAUUUCCUCUACCGCGGUGUUCUAUCUCAACCCCUCUCCGAUGGCACCAGCACUAUCAUCGUGAAGCACGCUGAGGAUUAUCUCGCCUCGAACGCGGAUUUCAAGCUCAGUGCAGAGCGAUGCCUGGUUGAAGAAUUCGCCCUGCACGCCCUAGACGGGAUGCGCAGCGUAACAACAACAAAUGAAGCGUCUAUAGCUGGACCGGGCCCGGGCUCAAGAAAAGAUGGUCAGAAGUAUCAAAUCACGGUGAAAACACCCAAGCUUUUCCACUUCAGCCGUCCAACAUACACGCAGGUCAUGGAAGACCUGCCCGGCGCUGUAGAUCUCAAGACGUUCAUGCGGACGCCUGGAGUGGCUGGUAGUAUCUCGAAGGAGUGGACGGUGUCAAUUGGACGUACGCUGGGUGCGUGGCUGCGCUCGUUUCAUUUCUGGGUUAGUGAUCCGGCGCAGGAGGGUGUUGCGAGUCGGUUUGCGGGGUUCACGGAUAUGCGGGACUUGAAGUUUGGGAUUAACUAUGAUGGGAUUUUGAAUAAGAUUGAUGAGUAUCCGGAGAUUCUGGGUCAGAGUCGGGAGGUUUUUGAGAAGGUGAGGGAGGUUGCGAAGGGGGAGUUGGAGGGGGAUGGAGAGAUGAUUGGGCCGAUUCAUGGGGACUUUUGGUCUGGGAAUGUCCUAAUCCCGAAAACAGCCAUCGACGAACCACUCCCAGUAACGCCGCUCUUCAUCACGGACUGGGAACUGGCCCAACGCGGCUCCCGAGCCCUUGAUCUAGGCCAAAUGCUCGCGGAACUGUACAUGCUCAAGCACUUCAAGGAUAUCGAUGCAGGUGUUUGGGUUAUCGAGGGCUUCGCGGAGGGGUACAAGGAUAUCACUGAAGACAUCGCCUUCCGAACGAUCAUCCAUGUGGGCGUGCACUUUAUUUUCUGGGGAAGCACCAUUCCUGGAUGGGGCACUGAGGAGCAGGUGCGAGAUCUGGUGAGGCUUGGUAGGGAUCUUAUUACGAAGGCGUGGGAGAGGGAGAGGAGCUGGUUUAGGGGAAGCGUUUGGGAGGUUCUUUUUAGGGCUUAAACUACAACAAAUGUACGUGGGUAGGCGAAAUACUAAAAGAACGACGAUGCUGGAGAAUUAUCGACAGUUUUAAUGUACACGGAGCGGUAUCUUCACCCAAUACAACACUGGCAAGUUCCAACAAUGACACGCCAGACUACCCGCUGGAUAAGAAACCAGUCAUAUCUCCUUGUACGUACAUUAUAAUCAGCUCCACCUGUUACGAUAGGAGCUCCUAGUUCUGGCUCUGGUCUCCAUGACAUCAAGUGUAGACAUGCAUAUCACAGUAUCUUCUAACUUGUUGCAACGGGAAAUAGGGCUGCAUUUGAAGGCUGGAA